CUCGGCGGCGGCGGCGGCGGCGGCGGCGACGUGAGCGCGCAGGGGGGCGGCGGCCUCGCCUCGUCUCCCGGUCUGCGCCUGGGUCCGGUGGCUGACGCCGAGCGCGAGCGCGAUGUCGGAUUUCGACAGUAACCCGUUUGCGGACCCGGAUCUCAACAACCCCUUCAAGGACCCAUCAGUUACACAAGUGACAAGAAAUGUUCCACCAGGACUUGAUGAAUAUAAUCCAUUCUCGGAUUCUAGAACACCUCCACCAGGCACUGUGAAAAUGCCUAACGUCCCCAGUACACAACCAGCAAUAAUGAAACCAACGGAGGAACAUCCAGCUUAUACACAGAUUGCAAAGGAACAUGCCUUGGCCCAAGCUGAGCUUCUUAAGCGCCAAGAAGAGCUAGAAAGAAAAGCAGCAGAAUUAGAUCGUCGAGAACGAGAAAUGCAAAAUCUCAGUCAACAUGGCAGAAAAAAUAAUUGGCCACCUCUUCCUGGCAAUUUUCCUGUGGGACCUUGUUUUUACCAGGAUUUUUCUGUAGACAUUCCUGUAGAAUUCCAGAAGACAGUAAAGAUUAUGUACUACUUGUGGAUGUUCCACGCUGUAACACUGUUUCUAAAUAUCUUCGGAUGCUUGGCUUGGUUUUGUGUUGAUCCUACAAGAGGGGUUGAUUUUGGAUUGAGUAUCCUGUGGUUCUUGCUUUUUACUCCUUGUUCAUUUGUCUGUUGGUACAGACCACUUUACGGAGCUUUCAGGAGUGACAGUUCAUUCAGAUUCUUUGUAUUCUUCUUCGUCUAUAUUUGUCAGUUUGCUGUUCAUGUACUCCAAGCUGCAGGAUUUCAUAAUUGGGGCAACUGUGGUUGGAUUUCAUCCCUUACUGGUCUCAACCAAAGUAUUCCCGUUGGAAUCAUGAUGAUAAUCAUAGCGGCACUUUUUACAGCAUCAGCAGUCAUCUCGCUAGUUAUGUUUAAAAAGGUACAUGGACUAUACCGCACAACAGGUGCUAGUUUUGAGAAAGCCCAACAAGAAUUUGCAACAGGUGUGAUGUCCAACAAAACUGUCCAGACUGCAGCUGCAAAUGCAGCUUCAAGUGCAGCAACUAGUGCAGCCCAGAAUGCUUUCAAGGGUAACCAGAUUUAGAGAACCCUCCAACAAUACACUGGUAUCUUCUGACUGUACUUUUUCUCCAGUUACUGUAUUCUAUAAAUAUUUUUAUGUUCAAAACACAGUACACAUGGCAUGUAUAUUUCCUGUUCACUUGUGCAUGGGCUAAAACCAGAAAAACUUCCUUGUCUUAUUAUUUACCUAGCAGUUUAAUAUUUUGGCGCCCCCUGCAGAAAAAAAAAUCACAUGCUAAAUAAAUAUUCUCCAUAUUUUUUGGGGGAUGAAUGUUCAGCAAAUUAUUUCAGUGGUGACACACUGAAAUUAAUAUGAUACUUAUGAUUAAAAAUGCAUUUAGUACUAGCUGCAGUCUUUCUUUCAAGAAUCUUAGACUUAAAGGAUUACAUAUUGGAGCAUUAAGAUGAUAUUUCAUUCUGUUUUCCACAUUUAUAUUGGAAGAAAUAGGCCAUCAGGGACUUAGGGGUGUUAAAAUUGGCUUGCUUUUUAGCAGUUUUAGUCACCAGUGAAGAGCCUGUGUGCAUUUUGUAGUAGAUCAUGUAAAUUUAUCCUUUUAUUUUUGUUCCUUUUUUUCUUUUUAGAGUAGUUGAUAUUUUGAUAUCAAUCUCUGAUCUUGCAUGGGCACCACAUUUCUUAAAAUAAUUUGUAUUUUGGCUUCUGCACUGCUUAUGGUUUUAAGAUUAGGGAGUUGCUGGUAGAAUCAAAGAAGUGGUUUUCUGCAUUAGUUUCUUUUAAAUAAAAAUUUAUUGGGAUGCAAUUUGAGAACAUAAUAUGCAGUGCAUUAUCCAAAAAAGGGUAGAUAAUCAAUGGAAUAGAAUGUAGUGAUGAUAAUACUGUUUUUUUUUUUUUAAUUUUCAGUAUUCGUUUCAUAGUAGAAUAUUACUGUAUGGAAACUUUGGUAUAUUCUUGUGGCUACUCAUUUUAACUGAAUUGAGAUUGUGUUUGGCAGCUCUUUUUUGAGGAGUGUGUGUGUAAUUUUUAACAGAGGCAUUAAAGUCUAGACUAACUCCUUGUCCAAAAAGAACAUACAGUAUUUCAGGGAUUUUUCUUUUAGCCUCUCAGCUGUAGUGGGAUUAAAAAUAAAAAGACGCUGUUGUUUCACAUAUACUUGAAUCCCUAAUGCACUUCAGUCUUUCAAUUUUUGAGACAGACUGAAUACAUUAAAAUUUUUCAGCAAUAGAAAAAAUAUUUAACCUGCACCCAGCAAGAAAAUACAAAUACAGUUAAACGCAUUAAUUAUAAAUAUAACCACAUUAAAAUUGUUACUAUGCAGCAUAGCAUUUCAUUCUUAAGGUAUACUUGGUUUGAAACUUUAAAUCAUUUUUAAUAGUGAUUAAAUGACCCAAAGACAUUUGUAAAGUCAUUAUAUACUAUGUUUUGGAAGUUGUUAGCUAAUUUACGAUUGCAGAAUAAUCAGUGAUUUCUUCAACUUGACUUUAAGUAAGGAUAGUCUAUUGGAUUAUAUUAUUUGAGACUGCAGAUCCUUUCUAAAAAGAAUCAAAUGGGCACAUAAAUGGUUAAGUCACUUUCAUUCUUUUCCCCAAAUCUGGAGAUAAAUGAAUUUCAUAUUGGGGGUGGGAUGAUGAGUUCUCACUAUGAGGGAAGCUUUGGUUCAUCUAGAUAGUGUUUACAUUUGAUUUAGUUGGGAUAUAUUGAAGUAAUAUACUUGGAAGAUAUUUCCUUUAUUCUGAUUAAAAUAGGAUUUAGAAUAUGAAUUUAAAGCUGUUUUUAUGAAUAUUUCUGAUCAGUGAUAAUCUCCCUACUUUCUCAAACAAAUAAGCCAGUUCAAGUUUUUCAGAUUCUAUAAUCUUACUGAAAAUCUGUUUUAUCACAGUGUGCUUUAUGAGUGUGUAUUUAACAGACAUUCAAAACAUUAACCACAAAAUACAAUGCUUAUGUUCAUCAUUAAUUUAUAUUUCAAGUCCAUUUCUUUUUUUCUUUCAACUACAAAUGAAUAUAGAGACUUGAAAAAUACUGAGAUACUUUCCUUCAAGAAUAGGAGGGCUUCUCUCUGUCUUGCAGAAAUCCCCAAAGGUGGCUUUGUUAAAUAGCAAAUAAUUAAAACCAACAGUACCUUUUUGUGUGUGGGUGGGGAAGAUGUUUUAAAAUCCAGUUUCUUGGGUUAAUACAAGCUUAUGAGAGAAUUGUUUUUUAAAAACAUAAAUGUGCAUUAAAAUGAUGGCAAUACUAACAGUUUGAUAAGGCAUAGGGAUUUUAAAUUCUUAAUAUUCACUGUUCUUCUAACAAUAGUAAAUGGUCACAUUUUCCAGCAAGAGAUUGACAUUUGUUAAUUUUUUAUAUUUAAUACUAACAUGACCCAGUAUCAUAGUCAUGAAAUGGUCUUCAUUGUUGUAAGCAUUCGUGUCCUUUUUCAGUUUGCAAUAUAUUAAGUUGUGGCUGUUUUAUUUCAAACUAAAAUUUGAACACUGGAAAAUGAUUGCUCAGUGAUUUGUAAUUUGGGACUUGGAUUAUUUAUCUAGGGAUGUUUGUAUAUUUUGUCAAUGAAUAAUACUGCGCUGCCAUCAUAGUGAGCGUCAUGGUUCUAUAUAAAUGCUCUCCAUCUGUCCCUCUAAUGUUGCAUGUUUUCAGUGGUUUGGAAGUUUUGUAUAUUUAUUGUAUUAACACAGAGUGUCAUAAAAUAAAAUGCUGUUUACUGGAUGUUAGUUUGUCUAAUUUUAAAAACCUAUAUUAGCAUUUCAGAGUUAGAGAUUAUGCUGUGGGUUUAAUGUAUAUAGAAAUUUCACCUUUGAUUUUUAAAGAGUCUGUAUAGCUCUAUCAUGUGCUGAAUAAAAUAAAUAAUAUAAAAGACUUCAUUUAAAACUGAACAGCAUAAAAUGACAUUUUUUUUUAUUAGACCUUUUAGGUGGUGGAACAUGAGCUUCCCUCAUAUAUUUUGAUCACUUUAAGGUGAAAAUAUACAUAUUAUCUAGAAGUUUGGGAGGUUCAAACUGGAAAACCUGUUUUGUGGCUCAGGUUUUUCCUUGGGGGUUAAAAUGGAUGCUCUGUACUAGUAUUGUAUUGAUUAGCUUAGACUUGUGUUCUAGUUCCUAACCUAGCUACCUGUCAUUGUGUUUUAUGUACCGAUGAGAGUACCUAUUUGUGUAUUGUUGGAUUUUUCACUUGGUUAUCUAAAGAGGAUGUAAAAAUCUUAAAUGUUCAUGUGAAUCUUAUUUUAAGAAAUACUGUUAAGUUAAAAUAGGAACAGCAUUUAAAAUUUUCUGGGUGUUAUCUAAACAGUGAGUGGAUUUUAAUUGGAUAUAUCUUCUGUAAAUCAUGUUGAGCUAAUAUAUGAUUUACAUUUCCAGGGAAUCUGUUAAAUUGAGUUUAUUAGUUUCUGUAAUUUAUUUGUACUAGCAUAAUACUUUUAUACUUACUGCUAUAUCUUUUUCUGAAAAUGCUGACAUAUUAGCAUUUAAUUUUAUGCCUUUAUUGGUAAAAAUCUAUGUUUAGACUGUUUAUAUGAGAGUUUGUUACAGUUUUGCACAUUUUUCCCCUGUUACAAUUACCGUGGCCGUCAGACACCAUUUCACUGUAUUUCCUUCCAUUUUUCCUUUAAGAAAAAUGUGUAGAGAGAUUUUUUGAUUCUAUGUGAUUAAGACCUUUAGAAGUGAAAUAAAAGUAGUUAAUGUAAAAAUAA